GGAAGAUGCAGGAGGUCAUUGCCGGGCUGGAACAGCUCACCUUCGACUUUGAGAAGGAUGUCGAGAUGCAAAAGGGCACUGGGCUCCUGCCCUUCCAGGGAAUGGACAAGUUGGGCUCAGCUGUGUGUAACUUCUUCGCUAAAGGGCUCUGUGAGAAAGGGAGGCUGUGCCCGCUGCGACACGACCGAGGGGAGCGGACCGUGGUGUGCAAGCACUGGCUCCGGGGGCUGUGCCAGAAGGGUGAUGACUGCAAGUUCCUGCACCAGUACGACGCCACCAGGAUGCCCGUGUGCUACUUCUACUCCAAGUUCGGUGACUGCAACAAUAAGGAGUGUCUCUUUCUCCACGUGAAGCCAGCUUUCAACUCCUGGGACUGUCCUUGGUAUGACCGAGGAUUCUGCAAGGACGUGGGCCCCCUGUGUAAAUACCGCCAUGUUCAACGAACAAUGUGUCUCAACUACUUAGUUGGCUUCUGCCCCAAGGGACCCAGGUGCCAUUUUGCACAUCCCAAGAUGAAUCUGUUAUUCAACCCGAGUCACGUGAAGCUUGUCAACCAGCCACCAGAUUCCGUACCUCCUGCUUCUGCCCUGGAGGCUCACAUGACCCCUUCAAAGUGCCCGAGUCGCCAUGGACAGUGUCAAAAAACAGGUCCUAAGUGCAGGAGCUCAACUGGUAGAACUUAUCGAGGACUAACCCACGAUCUGGGGAACCAGAAGACCUCCUAGUGAAGCUACUCAACGGGCCACCAUAGGACCCUUUGUGCCCAGUGCUCCAGAGUGAGCCCACUGGAAGCCAGGACAGGGUGCAUAGAUAUAGCCUGCUGGGUGCAAAUUUAUUUUCUCUCAUCCUCAAAGUGAACGAGCUGCUAAAAAUACAACCGGCAGACUGACUGCUGCAGGACUGGAUUAUCCAGACGGGCAAGCAAAAUGUACUGUAAAUCCCAAAGCGCGGGUAUAUGGGAGGGAGAUCCUCGAUCGACACUCUGCUCAGUUCCUGCACUCCUCUGGACAGUCCUGGGUUGCACGUGGCAGUUCUUGUGCAUAUGGCCUCAACGGCUGCUAUAAACUGGCAAUUAAAUCAAACGGUUUUCUUUAGCAUGACAGCUGCUUCCCUGUAUGGCUUAUGUAAGUUGAAAAAUAUAUUCUGUGCUUUAUGUGUGGGGUAUUAUGGGGCAGUAGAUGGUACAAAAAGGCUUAUCCUGGGGAGGGGAGGCAGCCACACGGGACAUUCACCGUUACACACUAUCUGUGCCAUCAUAUUAUAAGCCGAACAUCAGUGCAAUUUAGUCCACUGGGAAAUAAGGGUGGCGGUUAAACUGAGCCUUUGGAGAAACAGGAAAGCAACAGUCCAAGAGGCGAGGUAGGACCAGCCCCCAUGCUUGACCUAGGAGAGGACAUGGCUGCCUGGAGCUGGAGGAUUAGGGGUCCAGGAGUCAGAUUUGGGGGCCUGAAGGCCACCUACUCUCAGCUAUUAUCUGACAAACAGCAUAUAGUUACAUACAUAAUUUACUUUCAGUCUGUACCCCUAUCUUGGAGAAACAGCUCAUGUCGCCAGGCUGUUGCGAGGACAUGAAAGAUCAGAGAGAACCCUGCAUGGCACUUGGCACAAAGCCAGCCCCUACAUUAGCUGCAUUUAAGUGUGGACUGUCGUGGGGCGUUUAAAUUAGGAAUUUGUACAGAUGGCCCCUUUGCGAUGAUCUGACUUGGGUUUUGACUAUACGAUGGCGGGAGAGUGAUACACAUUCAGUAGAAACUGUACUUCCAAUUCUCCUUGUUUCCCAGGGUCACCAUGUGCUCUGUAACAUUACUGUGAUGCUGGGCGCCGGCAGCCCCACAACCACAAGCUGACAUGCUCCAGUGUACUGUGUUGUCAGAGGGUUUGGCCCAAUUACGGGCUCAUGUUAGUGUCCCGA